AUGGAUAUUCCUGAACAAUUCCAUGAGCAGCAGGAACAGCGGCAGCAGGCUUUAGGACUUCAGACGGACAACCACCAUGAAGACAUCUUUCCAUUAGAAGGAGCUUCAACGUCUCUAGAACUCAGGAGGGAUGCGGACGCGCCGCCCGAGUCUGGCCAGGGCUGUCCCGUAUGCGGUGACAAAAUAUCGGGGUACCACUACGGCCUUCUCACCUGUGAGAGCUGCAAGGGCUUCUUCAAACGCUCGGUGCAGAACGACAAACGCUACACCUGCGCGGAGGCGCAGAGCUGCCCUAUGAACGUUGCGCAGAGGAAGCGCUGUCCUUUUUGCCGUUUCCAGAAGUGUCUGGCGGUGGGCAUGAAAAAAGAAGCGGUGAGAGCCGACCGCAUGAGAGGCGGACGGAACAAGUUUGGGCCUUUCUACCGGCUGAUGAAAGAACAAAAAGUUUAUCCCCAGUCAAACACCGACCCCUAUAGGGACAAAAUGGAAACGGCGCAAAGGCUCUGGCCUGCCGCCACUAAUUACUGUCCGCUUAUGUGCAACCACAUGAGCACCACCCACUCUCAGAAUGCUUUCCAUCCGUCGCCAGUGUAUCCAUCUGGAACGGCGUUCUUGCCUUCAGACGAUAGGGUGGUCCCUCCGCUGCCGUUUCCCCACGCCGGAACGCAUCACCAAGCGUUCCCCGGUUACCACCCGGAGGAAAUGCCAACGCCCCUGAGCUCUGGUCCUCACUACCAACCCUUGCACAGAACCCCAAGCAGCCCCUACAUGUUAAGAACGCCCUCGCCGUGCUCGAGCAUCCCGCCCACGCCGCCGCCUUCAGGCCCGCUCGGUUCCCCGGCAGCCUGCGCCGCGCACUCGUCAUCCGAUUUUCUGGCUCAGCUCCUGGAAGGGGAGCCGGACGAGAGCCAGCUGUGCGCCAAAGUGGUGGCCAGUCUGCAGAGGGAACAGGCCAACCGGGGUAAACACGACUGCCUCAACACGUUCAGCAUCAUGUGCAAAAUGGCCGACCAGACCCUCUUCGGUCUGGUGGAGUGGGCCAGGAACAGCUCGCUUUUCAAGGAGCUCAAGGUAGAGGACCAGAUGGUUCUCCUGCAGAGUUGCUGGAGUGAGCUACUGGUCCUGGACCACCUCUGCAGACAGGUAACCUAUGGAAAACUUGGUUGCAUAUACCUGGUCAUGGGACAGCAGAUCGAGAUGUCAACAAUCAUAUCUCAGGCGGGAGCCAAACUGAGCAGUUUGGUCACCAGGACGCAAGAUUUGGUGUCGAAACUGAAGGCGCUACAGUUUGACAGGCAUGAGUUUGUCUGUCUCAAAUAUUUGGUGCUUUUUAACCCUGAUGUGAAGUCGGUGCAGAGUCGGCGGCAAGUGGAGCACACGCAGGAGAGAGUGAACCGGGCGUUGAUGGAGCACACCCAGCGGACUCACCCGGGACACUCGGACAAAUUCGGCCAAUUGCUACUGAGGUUGCCCGAAGUCCGCAGCAUCAGUCUGCAGGUGGAGGAGUAUUUAUACCAGCGCCACCUUCUGGGCGAUCUGCCCUGUAACUCUCUUCUCACCGAGAUGCUGCACACCAAACACAGUUAA